AUGGGCGGCGCCACCGUCAAGGCCGCGCCAAGGCCUUGCGCGCUCGCUCUUGAGACGCGUGUGAUGGAAGCGGCGCCGUCUACCAGUACCGGACGCGCUACAGUGUCUUGCUCAUCAGUGUCUUCCUCGCCGGCGAGUACUGAUGGACCAUCUCCGUCAACUGGUGUUCGACCACGAGGAAGGCCACGCAAGACGGAGGCACAGAAGGCGGAGACCAAAGCUCGCCAUGCUGAGGCCAUGCGACGAAAGGAGGCUGAGAUCAAACGCCAGCGCGGUGACAUGAAUCCCCAAAUACGAGCGCGGGAAGCUGAGGUCAGGCGACAACAGCGCCAAGAAAAUCCUGAUUUGAGGGCGCGUGAAGCUGCGGCCAAGCGUCAGCAGCGGCAGGAAGACCCCGAGUUCAGAGCACGUGAGGCCAAGGCCCGGCGCCAACAGCGGCAAGAAGAUGCUGGACUGAGGGCGCGUGAAGCUGAGGCCAAACGUCAGCAGCGACAAGAACACCCCGAGUACAGAGCACGUGAGACCGAGGCCCGGCGCCAACAGCGGCAAGAAGAUGCUGGACUGAGGGCGCGUGAAGCUGAGGCCAAGCGUCAGCAGCGGCAGGAAGACCCCGAGUUCAGAGCACGUGAGGCCGACGCCCGGCGCCAACAACGGCAGGAAAACUCGGAGUUGCGGACGAAUGAGGCCCAAGCCAGACGACAACAGCGGCAAGACUGUCCAGAAAUUCGAGCCAGGGAAGCCGAGGCCAAGCGACUAAGGCGACGAGCCGAGGCAGAACAACGAGCGCGGGAAAGGUUAAGCCUGCACGCGAGUGCGACAAACAUGUUUCACAAACGCUUCACACAGAAUCCAUUUGGCUACUCUUGCUCUGUGUGCGAUCGGCUUUGGCACAAGAACGACCUAAAGCCUCUUCCAGAAGCGCAUGCCACAUUGGUUGCCGACGCAUUUCGUACGGAUGUUUCUGGGUUCGAGAUUCGGAGGUUGCUGUACAGCAACAGCGGCCAGUUCGCCAUCAGAGGUCCGAUUGUGAACGUGCCUAUCAACGUCGACACAACGGUCCAAAUGCUGCCUCGAGAUGUCGAAGAAGAUCAAGCGUUGUGUGUUCACAUUAAGCGCCGGAUGAUAUACAAGAGUGUGUACAUUCGUGGCAUGGUCAAGAAGACUGAGUUGCUUCCCUGGCUUGUGUUCCUGGAGAAGUCUACGUUGUAUCGCUACUAUGGCAUCCGAAUCAGUCGAGAGAAGGCAGACAAAUUGUGCGACAAGCUGGUAGAGCCAAGCGACGAGAAUGCCGAGCGUAUAGACGAUCCUGUAGACCACCAUAAUCCGAUGGAGACAGCAUUGGCCAUGUCGCUCGGUCAACAGACACUCAUCAUCGACGACAGCAACGUUCUGGUUGUGGCGCCAGGGGAAGGAAUAACACCCGUCAGCAUUGUCUAUGAUCAACACGCGGAGGAGCUGUCAUUUCCACAAAUCUACCUCGGUGAGCCUCGAAAUAUCAGCCCAGACAGCAAGCCUAGUGUCUACACCAUGGCAUCGAGCGAAUGUCGGAGAACUGACCGCAGGGGUGCGACAGCUUACCACGUGCUCUAUAUGGCAGCCAAAGUUAUGCGUACGCGAGUUGCAUCGUCGGUAAACGUCUUCUUCAGGAACACAUCUGGCAUGGCCGUUGUAACCAAGGCGCAGCUGAACGACCGAGAAUUUGUCGAGAACGCGGUGGAUCAUGACAUGGCGUUCAUGAACGGGGUGCCAAACACGGUCCAGUACUGGCACCGACGCAAGCAAGACGUGUUUGCCAUGAUCCGCCAGCUCGGUAAGCCAACUGCGUUCCUUACUCUGUCUGCCUCUGAAAUACACUGGGACGGAUUGAUGAGGCUCCUACAACGUCUUCACAUAGAUCCAAACCAUCCGCAAGUGCCAUUCGAACAGCUCCGCCUCUGUGAAAAGUCCAUGCUCGUGAGCGAUGACCCGGUGGUGUGCUCAGUGUACUUCGAUCACAUAGUGCGGGUGAUAAUGCAGAUUCUGCAACACAAGACACUUUCUCCGUUCGCCCCCUAUGUGGUCAAGGAGUACUUCAAACGCAUUGAAUUCCAACAUCGGGGCAGUGCUCACGCUCAUCUGUUGCUCUGGCUCGAGAAUGCGCCCCACGAGGAGCUUGGCCCGCAAAUGCCCGAAACAGUUCGUAUGGCCGAACAUUUAAUCUCUCUGGACGCCGAAAGCCUUCAUAGACCUCGCUGUCAGACGCACCAGCACACACAGACGUGUUACAAGAACGGCAGAACAAAAUGUCGGUUUAACGCGCCUUUCUGGCCGAUGGAAGAAAGUCGAGUGAUCAUCCCACUUCCGCCUGCCCAUACUGAAGAAGAAAAAAAGUCUCGCACAAAGUUGAAGGAGAGAUACAACAACAUUCACACCGCUCUUGAAACAACAGUCUACGAGUCGAUCGAGGAUAUGCGCCGCCACAAUAACGUCGCAGAUGCCGAAGAGUACAUUACAAUUCUACGUGCCGGCAUUUCCCGCCCGACUCUGAUGUUGAAAAGGAAUUGUGAUCAGGUUCACUUCAAUUUCUUCAACCCGUGGAUAGCGUCUGUACUGAACUCUAAUAUGGACCUACAGAUCGUCCUAGAUGUGUACGCGUGUGCGGCAUACGUGGUCGAAUAUGUGAACAAGGCAAACCGAGGCAUGUCGAACCUGCACAAGGACCUCCGUGCAGUCGUGGACGAAUCUCCACACUCGAGUGUAACCUACACCCAAGCCCUCCGACAACUCAGCGUGAAGAUGCUGAAAGCAGUAGAGAUGUCCGCGCAGGAGGCGGCCUGGUAUCUGCUCGGCCUCGGCAUGUCGCACGCGAGUCGCGUCGUGGUCACAGCCAACACCUCGUGGCCGGAGGAAAGAGUUCGCAUCCGCAAGAGUCGGGAGCUGAUGGAUCGUGAUGGGUUGGAUGAGAGCAGCACAGACGUGUGGUGCAAGACGACCAUACAGAAGUAUGAGGACCGCCCGGAAGAUCAAGCUGCGCUCACGUACGCCGAACACCUGACGUCGUUCAACGACAACGGCCGACCGAGAGCACACCCUGCGGUUCUUCGCUACCACGCCUAUUCAGUGUCCGACGUGCUCAACUUUAAGCGCGAGCACGUGCUUCUCUUCCACCCAUUUCAGCGCGAGGUGGAUAUCCUAGACAAUAACAAGUUCGUCGAAAUUUACGACAGCUGCGUGUCGGAAAUCCUGGCUGUCAAAGCUCGCUUCAGCAGUCCUCACAUUGAUCUUGCAGAAAUGGAAGAGCUUUGUAAGAACAUAAUCAACGAAGAAGUUGCUCAGCGAGACGCUUUCGACACACACGCAGAGGUGGGGCGCAGGAUGACCGAUCUACUCGUGGACGUAAAUGACGACUCCGACAUCCUCGGCGAGGUUGGCCAAGAAACGGCCGUGCAACAGGCUCAGCGCGAGAGUGCUCAAGCGGCUGCCGCGAGAUGUCCAGCCGUCCAGAUGCGCACGGACAUCAUGCCCACCGACGUCUACUUACAUCGAAUGAGGAUGAUGAAUGCGGGCCAAUUUGAGAUCGUGCGCGAAGUCAUUCAUCGCCUGACCACGCCCGACUCGGAGCCCUUGCAAGUCUUCUUUACCGGAGCAGCCGGUUGUGGCAAGACGUUCGUGCUACGCACCAUAAUGGACGUUUACAACCGCUAUUUCAGAAGUGGAAACCGGGAUGUGAGCAUCAACUCUUUCGUCGCCUGUGCGACCACCGGCAAAGCAGCCGUGGCAAUCGGUGGAGUUACAGUGCAUGCCGCCUUCAAACUCGUCGUAUCUGGCAAGAAUCCGGACAGGGGUCUCAGCUCGAGUGACGCUAAUUCAUUCCGCUGCAUCUUCAAAGACGUCAAGUGUGUCAUAAUCGACGAAAUAAGUAUGAUGUCGGCGGACACGCUUGUGCUGAUUGAUCGCAGACUUCGCACAAUCUCCCUUAAGUACACGGAACCCUUUGGCGGAUUCGAUGUCAUCCUAUGCGGCGACUUGAGGCAGCUUCCGCCGGUCAGAGCAGCUGAGGUGUAUAGGAGGUCUAAAUUGCACCAGAGUGUCUUUGAUACGGAAAGUAUGCCGUGGCAUAACCUCUCCUACUUCCAACUCAAAGAUGUCGUGCGCCAGAGCGACGAGAGGUUUGCCACCAUACUGACCAAGAUCGGGGACGGGAUAGGGCUAACUGUGGACGAGGUGUCUCUCUUGGAAAGCCGCUUUGUGACCACCGAAGAAGCCGCCAACAAGUGCCCAUCCGGAGUGCGCCUCUUCUACACAAACAAAGAUGCUGACGCCUUUAACAUCGCGACCGCCGAGGCGUGUACCGAAUACGCGAUACACUGCCCGGCUACAGACACCAUUUGUGGGCACAGGUCCGACGAGGAGUACACGCACGCCAAGGUCAGAGUCGCCACCAUGUCCAAAGUUCAGAUGGCCAACUUGGCCCCUAACAUCCUGCUAUGCCUUGAGAAGCCCUACAUGGUCAUACGGAACAUCGACGUAUCGGACAGCCUUGUCAAUGGUAGUGUGGGGAUCCUCAGGCUUGUGCAAAGGGACACAGACGACAACCCCCUGCGCUUAUGGAUAGAGUUUCCCACUGGUGUGGGCGCAGCUGCCCUGCUGAAGGGACGACGCUACCGAGCCAACGAUCCUGACAUUUGCAGUAAUUGGGUUCCCAUCGAGCUCAUCACCAUCGGGUGCCACUUGAAAGGACAUGAUCUGGCCCACAUAACCGUCAGGCGCAAGCAAUUCCCCGUGGUCCAGGCGAGCGCAAUAACCAUUCACAAAUCUCAGGGUGGCACCUACGAUGAGGCUGUGGUAGAUUACUCAAAGUCGCACAAUCAGAAGCUCGUGUACGUCGCUCUCAGCAGGGUUACUACCAUCGACGGGUUGUACCUGACGAACAAGGACAACGACCAUCGCUUCCACCAUUUCAAGGAAAACCCGGAUCGCGCUCUUGCCGACGAGUUCAGGAGACUCGGCAACCAUCGUCUCCAGACCAUCACUGCCGAGUGCAACAAGAUGCUGGCAGAGUACUUUGUCACCGUGGGCUGUGUCAACGUGCGCUCCCUGGGUGCACACUCUCUGGACGUCGCCAAGGAUUUUGUUCUCGCAAACACUACCGUACUGUGUUUCACCGAGACCUGGAUGGACCGGAAGCCUCCCUACGACAUCGAUGGGUAUCGCUGCAUCAGUGCGGCGAAGCGCUCCGACAACCGCGCUGCCGGUGUGGCCAUUUAUGUCAAACGAGAGGUGCAGGCGGAGGACGUUUUCCUGGUCCAACGGGUCUACGAGUACGGUGAAGUUUGUGCUGUGCGACUUGGCAGUGUGGUAAUUGCGUGUAUAUACAUCGCGCCCGGAACCGGUGAGACGGCAGCGGCAGACCUUAUCGUGAGAGAGCUGCAGCCCUGGAUUGGGAAGGAGACGUUGUUGGUUGUCGGAGACUUCAAUCAGAACGUUCGGAUAUCUAGAACAUUUCCGGACAUGCUACACGUGCGGGCUGGUUUGCAGAUGGCUACUCCUAUGAACGCAAUUUCGACCAACCGCAAUUCGUGUAUAGAUCUCGCGUUCCAUAACCAGGGCACGGUUAAAGAGGUCAAGUACUGCAGUUGCCAUUUCACAGACCAUAAGGCGAUGCUUCUUGCGGUCGGCCGCAAAAAGCCAACAGAAGAUCAACAAGUCGAAGGGGAGCGAGAACAAGCAAUAGAACGCAGACCAGAUGAGGCACCAAUUGAAUUCAGAGGAGGUGCCAAUGCAGAUGAUGCUGAUACGGGUGCUGUUGACACUACCGCAAUCAUAGCGUGA